GUGCCGAUGACGCCUUCCAGCGCGUCCUGUUGCUGCUCUGGGACCGCAGGCAGCUCACCGCUGCGUGGCAGCGCCUGCGAGGCCGUCCUGGAUCCUGGAGGGCCGACAGCGGGCCGCUCACCGCGGGUCCGGGGGACGCCGCCUUCGCGGCGGUGGAGGCGCGGCUGCCGCGCAUGGCGCAGCUCAUGGAGUCCUCGCGAGGCGCCGACCAGGCCGCUGACGGGCUCCGCGGCUUCGGGCCGGCGGCACUUUGGGGAAUGCUGGCUGACCUCCUGGUGGUUGGCCGGCCGAAGUUUCGUGGCUGACUGCGUGUACACAGCGGGCGGGCCAUGACUUUGGUUUGUUUGGCCCUGCUCAAUGAUUCUCCAGGAAUCGGCGCGUCCUGACAUGGGAGACACCUGCAAACGCAAGAUGUGUGCUGCGUGUGUGUGUGUGUGUGUGUGUGUGUGUGUG